AUGCGAGCUCUCGUGGCCCUCGUCAGGGAAAAUGCCAGAUCCAACAUAGAACCGCUCAAGACUUUUGGAGCGCUUGACGCCGAAGUGGGCAAGUCAGAGCUCCUCACGAGUCUCGCCCCCGUCCGCUUGACGUGUGCCGGAGGCUGCGUGGCAGUCAAAUACUUCCAACUCCGCAGCGCCACCAAGGACGUCGAUUGCCUGCUCGACCCCAACAUCGACGCGGUCGAAGACUACCGCAACGACUUUCUCGAUGCCGUUCGCAAGGCGGCUGACAAAUGCGGUUUAAUGGGGGACUGGAUGAAUGACGAGGUGAAGCUCUUCAUUAGCCGGCCGAAGCGGCUGGAUCUGUUCUUGCAGUCGGUUGAGCAGCAUAUCGUCAUAUAUGAUGGCACGAACAUCGUCGUGUACGUUGCUAACUUGGAGUGGAUGCUGGAGCGGAAGCUCCGUCGUGUCGAAGGCGCUGGUAGAAAUGCUCGCGAGCAAGACCUUUCUGACGCCGUGGCCAUGGUCCGGGCAUUGAAAAAUGGCGGCCCACCUCUCGGUGUGGACUACUUGAGUCGCCUCAACUACAAAUGGCUUUGA